AUGGAAUCAUUCUCUGCAGCACUGGAAACUGCAAUCAUUAAACUCAAUACCACCACUUCUGCCUCGGAACGCAAACAAUGUGAAGAUGUGGUCCUUGGAUUUCGUAACGCCACUCAUCCCUAUGAAUUAUGCAAAUAUAUACUCAGUACAUCGCGCGACUCCCAAAUGCUGUACGAGGUGGGGAAGUGUCUCUCAAACGCCGUUAUUCGGGAAUGGAGCACCGUUUUAUGUCCAAACGGUGGCCAGUUAAGUGCUGGCAACAUGAUUGAGUCCAUGCCUUAUCGGCUACUAUGCUACCUACUUCAUUGGGUAGCAUCGUGCGGAAAUGAAGUCGAAUCAUUUGCACGGCAGAGCAUUCUGAGUUCUGUGGCGUCCAUAGUAAAGCGCGCCGCAGCGGCUGAAGCACAGUGCAGUCUCAGUCAGAGCCCACCGCACAUGCGUCACGCAGUACCCUCUCUCAUUUCACCGUCUUUCGGAAAUCCUGGUCCCCCCAGUCCUCUCGUCACUUUUUUUCUCCAAGAACUCAGUAGUCUCCUCUCUCCGAUACCCGUCUCCUCAUCAUAUCAGGCAGAGUUUCCUCGUCUCUCCUUUGGCCUGGCAAUUCUUUCCGCCUUUCUGGACGAAAUGAGCAAUGCAGAUCAAGAUGCUGCCAGUCUGAAUCUCCCACUGGAGGCCCAUAUUUAUAUGCAGGCUAGAUUUCAGGACUUUGAGCUACUUCAAAUCUUUCAAUUUCUCCUCCGCUUAGUGGAGAGCCUUCUCUGUGCCCGUGAUUGGCCGACAGGGAACGUAGAAAAUGAUGAAAUGACCUACCGUUUGGUGCAUUGUCUUGAAGUUAUCACAUCGUGGAACUUUCUUCCCGAACACAUUGUCGACUUCACUUGCCUGCGACCGAUGGAGAAAAAGAAUUUGGAUUUUCGUCCAAGUGAAAGUUGGGCUUGUGUUGUCGGUGUCAAUGCGAUCUCUGCUACCCUCUCCCUCUUCUUGAAGCUGCAUUUUCGUCUCCGGUCAAUCUCUACCUACUGCAGCCGUAUUUUGUCUUCCAUCGUGGCACUCGCGUCCCUCAAUGGCCCUCUAGUUGUCAACACACACAGUAUCGGCAGCACUUCUCCCUCCACUCCCUGUUCACUAACCGAGCACGCCUCCAUCUGUAUGAGCGGUCUAGCCCGUGCCCUCGUUUCUCCCCACCACAAUCCCCUAGCAGGUGUGAGUGCCCUUCUCCUCCCUUCCUCCACCGAGUUGGUCACCUUCACGCAGAUCCAAAUUAAUAGUGACGUUAGUGAUCUUUCUUCUCUCUACCCACGUACCGCUGAAAUUGAGGCUACUUUUGUGCCACUUGCUCACUCUACCCCCGACGGCACAACAGGUGGUUUUUUGUCUUAUGAGCUGCCUCUGUUGGCUGAGCUGAGCGUGAAUUUGUUGCGGCGCCUCGUGGAGGUGUGCGGCGUAGUGGAGGGUUUUGCUAUGGGCAAUGGAUGGCCGGCGUCGGACGCCCCAGGAAGCCAAGGGGCGGUGCUAGCUCAUCUCGUCUUUUACCUCAAUGCCGUCAAUGCCUUCUUAGGAUUGGUUAAAACCAUUCUUUUUGAGUGUCUUCUUCUCGAAGCAGGUGUGGUGGUGGGGGUUGAGAGGUUGGCAGCGGACUUCAGCGACACGAUGCGCGCUGCCCAUGAGGCGAGUGAACGUAUCUUUGCCUACCUUUCCGACGUCAAUGGAGCGGUGCCGCACUUUGACGCCUCCAACACUGCCCUUUCCUAUACAACUGGACCUUCUGCUCCCCUCGACCAGAUGGUGUGUACCCUAAAGCAGACUUGCGGCCAGGUUGGCGCCAACUACCAACGGCACCAGCAUGAUCUCAUUAGGGUAUACUUUGCAUCCCACCUUUCUGCACCAGUCGGUUUUCGCAGGGACGCCUCGACUACUCAGAGCACCAGUGGGGGAAAUGAAGAAGAGAUAGAUCUCGACAUAGACGAGGACGACCAAAUAGCCUAUGAGGAUAGUCUCUUCGCCAUUGGGCAAUUCAGCAGUGCAUCCGAGGGCGAGGCGUUGGCCGAGGUUGUGAAGGUUUUGGCAGGCCUCUUAGAGGAGCGUGUUUGGCUCCUUCUUCGCCACCAGCCCGGGACACAGCCCUCCUUUGGCCUUCUUGAAGACCUGCAUUGGCUCCUCCUCUUCAUCGGGCACGUCCUCGUCACCGGCCCCUCCGAAAUUGGCUCCUCCAAGGGCACUCAACCCGCCUGGGAUUCCAACUUCUCCAUCCCAUUUGCCGUGUGGUCCAUAGGUCCACGAUCCUUCACGGUGGAGCAGUUUGAACAUUGUCGGAAUUAUAUUAUCAGUGCCACUGAAAACACACCUUGUAUUGGAACCGAUGGUGUACCACCGCUUUUACGGAUCUUCGGUACUCUCUUCCGUCUGUUGCGAAUGCAGGUUUCCAGUCGGGUAGGCUCCGCCCAAUUGACUGAGGACACUCUCUGGGUGUUUGUCCGUCUCACUCUGACCUAUUUCUCACGCAACCAUUUAGCCGGACCUGAAGGGCAUCUCGAUCCGGAGGAUACAGCGGCAUCAGAGGGUGGAGCGACCCUGUUCAGAACGCUGUUUUGCCCACCAACUAACAUCGGGGGUAAUGGUGGACCAACAGCUCGCUCCACCCAUCACCAACUCCUCCUCACCCACGUCUCCACAGCCCUCACCCUUUCAGCCUGCCUAGCUAUGGCAACGUGGUUGGGCGAGCCAAAAGUGGCCACUCUUGCCUCCGCCCUCCUCUCCGCCAUCGCUCGGCACUCCCUUUUUACCGGCCCUAUCAGCAAACAGGAGGAAUCAAAUGCAACGACAUCAUCGCCCGCGCAGACGUGGAUAGAGCUCUGCAGUCAGGUCUGCGCGGCGGAGACGUGGCUGUGUCUGGAGACAGAGACGCUGACCGAACUGGUGGACGCCUGCACGCGUGGCUGUUGGUGUCUGCGUGGCGCACAUAGGCCCAGUUUUACCUCUACUGACCUCUUCUAUCAGUUCUUGGAGGAGCUACGUACGCGUUUAACUCGGCUCAUUAUCGUGGACGAGGCGAGAGGUCAGAACAGCAAUGGAGAUGCGGGUGGGCAGGUGAUGGAUCCUUCGCUCCUAUCACACCUGAUUGCGGGUCUCUCGGUCCUUAGGGGACUGGUGCGAGCCCUCCGCUGGAUCGUUUCACACGGGGGCAACUCCAUCUGUGGUCUGGCUUCUUCCAAUCACUCCAGUGCCACUGCUACCGGCUCUAGUGACCCAGAUCUUCGCUACCACAUGUACCAUGAAAUGAUUGUUGCGAUGCUGACGCUAUUCGAGGAGGUGGCAGACAACUGUCUGCUCUACCUGGCCAACUGUCCGGCCACCCUGACGGUGGAGGAUGCCGCUAGUGCCUUUCGUCUCACCAAUGGACUUCAACUACGUUUCCCUCUGCCCUACACAGGUUCCACCCAAUUCUUCAUCCUCGCUGUUAUUCUCUGUGCCCAGUACGCUCAGACCAAUUCACAGAAGCUCACUACAAAGAGCAUCUCAAAGGAGGUGGACGAGGAACGAGUGAUCGAACUACGUCAUCUCUUCUCUCUCCUCCAAUUUUUCCUCAGCCACGAGUUCGAUUUACGCCUCUUCGGUGUGACGGGGACAGGGCUGAAUUCUAACUCACCCGGCGGCGGUGGUGAUGGAAUUGGGAUGAUGACCACAGUCGAUGUUACUCUCGUUUGUGUCGGCUUUCUUCUACCUCUCCUUACGCAAUCGGUGCUAGCGGUUCCAGAAAUGGCGGGCUCCUUUUACCACCUCCUUUCCUACGCUCUGGAACUGCGCCCCGAAGGUCUGCUCCAUCUUACCAAGGACAAGUCGGCAGAGGCGUUGACCGAACUUGGGCGCCUUCUUCGUCACGGCAUUUUCAACCUCGCCGAAACCACUACAAACAUGAGUGCGCUGGAGGCACUCACGUACCUGGCCGAAUUCUGCGCUACUCGGGGUUCCCUCCCCACUUCGGCCGCGGUCGCCGCCACGGCCAUGGUGACGCACUUGCCGUUGGGGAAGGAUCUCCUCCGCGAACUUCUCGGGCUCGUCACCCGGGAUAUUUUUCCGGCACAGUUGGAGGACUCCCUCGCGGGAUGCAUCUUUGCGUUGGCUACUCUUGACCUACGAAGCUUCGAGGAGGUAGCCGGUGAAUCCGUAGCACGAUAUUCAGGCGACGCGACUUCACAACAGCGUCUACAACACGCCUUUCUCGAGCUUUCCACUCCCCUGACUAACACCACGACGAUGUCGGAGAGGAAGAGGCGCACUGAUUUUCAGCAUCGCUUUCACCUCUCUUCCGACCACGACAACGAUUGUUUAUACAACCACCUCUUUACUAAACUACACGUGCGUGUUUGUCGUGCGGCAACGCCUUACACUCCAACUACCCCUUUCGGCAGUCUGCCCUGUCUGCGUGUCAACACUCUUCCUGAUGCCCCCGAGUUUGCGAUGAAAAUCACGCGUACUCGUCUUUUUCUAGGGCCAAACGCUUCUCUAGUCCUCUGCAUCUGCCUUCAUGAUGUUCCAUCUAAUGUUAACUUACACCUGGAGACUGUAUUUCCUCGAAUAUCUUCCACAACAACGUCUGAUGCGGCAAAACAGCGUCUGUUUGUCGUAAUUCCAACACCACGGUCAUUUGGAGAUAUAUAUUUUCAAAUAUCGACCUCUGAUUGGGUGAUACAUCUUCCAAUACCUGUUGAUCUCGAAAGUGUUCAAUCCAUGGACGAAGUGGAUGAAGAAGAACUUGAUCAAGAGGUUUUAUCGAUCACUCAUCCUUGGAAAUUCGGUUUGAAGUUGAGAGGAAAAGAGGCAGAGGUGGAGCAUCGUCUGUCACGGCUGUUUAGAUGUCGAAUAACCCUGGGGCAGUGGAUAGCUGUUACCCGAGGCUUGUUCGCGGGUUGUAGAGUUCAAUUGAGUCGGCGUGCUGCCAAAAGCUUGGUAUUCAAGGCCAUGGCCUGUCGCAGAGAGCUGCAUCACCUCCUGUUAGACUACCUCAACCGGGACGCUCUGCUGGGGAGUGAAAAGGAGGGUAAUGGAGAGGAAGCGGGAGGAGGGUCAGUGACACUGGAUGACCUUCGUGACGCCCUACUCACUGAAUUGGGUCUCUUCAAGUCAGCCCUCUGUGCAUCUCUUGUCCGUCGCGUUUUGAGCUCCUCUGUACCCCUUGUUACCGCCUCCACUGCCAUCUCACCCGCUGUGUCCGCCCUCAAGGUCGCUGACCUUGUUGCCGAUUGGCGCAACGCGGCUGCGGGCUCAGAGCCUAUCGACCAAUCUGUGGCCGCCGAUGUUUUGGGUGGCAGUUUGAAAGUCUUGGCCGCGGCAUGCAGUACGACUGAAUCAAUUAUCGCCGGUCUAGUUAAGUGA